AGCUUGAACUUACUCACACGCCGGUGCAUCGAAGGCUUCGCCGCAUACUCCUUUUUUCUUUUAAUCAACGCGCUACAGCACCUUGUCUCUCCUUCUGCCAUUCGAAUUGCAGUCUUGUCGUCGUUCUUUUCCUCGAGAGUCGAUAUCGCCGCCGCAAUUGGGUAUUUUCCCUCCCCUCUCUCCCUUUUUUUUUUGGUGGAAAAACCUGCGAUGGCGGAAUCGUCCUGGCUGCGUUCUGUGCUGGCGCUAGUCGCCACCGUGCUUUGCCUCACGAUGGCGGUUGUUCCCGUCCUCACCGCUGCGGCCGCCACGUACGCACCGCCCCCCUUUCCUUCAUUUGAGAAGUUUUUUGCGCAACAGUUUCGCGUCAGCGUGAUGACGCAAUCGUAUGGUGUCUUCAACGCCUCCCUGCGCAUGCGCGGCUCGAUGAACUUCCCGGAGCGGGUGCAGGGGGAGCUGAUCCCGCUGGGCGUGCCACGCCUCAAUUCAGACACGCAGACCCCUCUUCCCCACUUUCAACGCGUGCGUAAUGUGGAGGACGACAAGCUGUCCGACCUGCCCGUCACCUUGCCCGGAAAGAAGGACGCAAACGCAGCCGCGAGCGGCGAGGAGGAGCGUCCGUCGCUGUUUGCGUUGGACCUGCAGCUGCUCCACAGCGACUCGCCGCAGGUCAAGGCGCAGGUGUACUACCUGCCCGCCGAGGUCAUGGCACUGCGCUCGCAGCGGGAGGCGAUGAGCGAGGGCUCCGUUGCCCCUGCCGCGACGGUGGACUUCGCCUUCCGCGUGGAGGCUCGUCAAAUGAGCAAUAACCCGCUGAGCGACACGGCGGCGCUGGCGCGUGUGAGUGCGGCGACGAUGGCGACGGGCAGGCAAAAGGCGACGGAGGCGGUGACCGAGGCAGGUGAAGCGACCUCCGCUGCUGCUGCUGCUGCUGCCCCCGAGACGGUGUCGAAUGGCGACGUCAUCUUCCGCUGGAUCACCGAGCACGAAUUCUCGGCCGUCUUUUUUAUUCCUGUCAGGUCGGCGGCCGACAAGGACGGCGCGGCCGCGUCGCACCUCGAGCGCGUGUGGGUCUACGGCUACACCGCGCCCUCGCCGGACGUGUUCGACCGCAAGCAACGCCAGGUGCCGUGGUACCAAAAGUAUGUGAUGCUUAGCGUGGCCUUGGUGGGCUUUGUGGUGCAGAUCAUUUCGGGAUGGACAGAGGGUAAGACAAAGGCAUUAAACGCGGUGGAACUCGAGCACCGCCAGAAGAUGCUGAAGGAGGAAAAAAUGGAAAAGGCGCUGAAGGAGCAAGGGCGCCAGAAUAAGAAAAAGAAGUAA